GGGACUUCGCCUCAGGCGGCGCCGCGACCCGCCGCUUCUUCCCGCCCGGCUGAGGGAGGCCUUGUGGGGCGGGCGCGCCCGUUGCCCCUCCGUGGCUGGCUGGGAAGGCAAAGAGCUUCUCCCCCGGCAGCGGCGGGGCGGGGCGGUUAGUCAGUUAUCCUUCCCCCGUUAGACUCGGGCCCCCGUUAAUUUCCCCACCCAGGCCUUCGGAGGCGGCAUCGCAUCCUGGGGGAGGGAGGGAGUGUGAUUGUGAUUGUGUGGGUGUCUUUAGAAUCCUGCCUAAGAUUUUGGGAGGUUGUGUGUGUGUGUGUGUGUGUGUGUGUAACGUUUCAAAGUAAAGUAAGUGUAAUUAAAUCCGCCCUUAGAAUCCAACGUGUGUCUCUAAUUGUGAUUGUGUGCAACUUUGUAAGUAAAGUACGCUUGUAGUGAGGUCUCGCCAUCCUCCUUAGAACCUCUCCUGAGAUUUUGGGAGGGUGUGACUGUGUGUAAGUAAGUGUAAUUAAGGGUCUCCAUCUUUAGAAUCCAACCUGAGAUUUUGGGAGGCCGUGAGUGUAAGUGUGUGUAUAACUGUUUAAGUAAAGUAAGUGUAGUUGGGGCUUUCCCUCCUCGAUAGAAUCUUGCCUGAGAUUUCGGGAGGGUGUGACUGUGUGCAAGUGUAAUUAGGUCUCUCUGUCCUUAGAAUCCUACCUGAGAUUUAGGGAGGCUGUGUGUGUCCAAUUGUGGUUGUAUGUAAGUAAAAUAAGUGUAACUAGGUCUCCCCAUCAUUCUUAGAAUCUUGCCUGAGAUUUUAGGAGGGUUUGUGUGAUAGUGUGUAAGUAACUACAUCUUGCCAUCCUUCUUAGUACCCCACCUGAGAUUUUAGAUCGGUGUGUGAGUGUGUGUAAGACUAAGUGUAAUUAGGUCUUUCCUUCCUUAGAACACUACCGGAGAUUUUGAAGGCAUCUCUUUUUUUCUAAUUGAGGAUAAAGUGAUACAUUUUCCAAGAAGGGGAAGAGUCACCAUUUCCUCCCUCCCUCUAAAAAAAAAGUUAGAGUACAUAAUAUGUUCCCAUAUAUAUGUUAAAAGGGAGGAGGAGUAUUUCUUAUAGUUUGUGGUGGAAUUUCUCCACAUGUACCCUUGCUUUCUCAGCACAGAAUUCUUUCUGCUGGGUCUUUUUGGCAAGGUGACCUUGAAUGCAUCCAUUAACACCUGUUAACCUCCUUCACUGUCCAAAAAGUACCUGUUCAGUGGCAGAGUGGUGGGAAGACAAUGCACACCUCCACUCUUGUGAGAAUAGCUUUGAGCCUGCAGUCUGACUGAACUCAACAGCCCUAUUUGUGUGCCUCCCACCCGUCAGUUGGGCAGCAUGGAUUUUUCAGAGUGUUUUAAACUCUCCAACCAGUUGUGCAGAUUCUCUCCAGAUGGAAAGUGCCUGGCCUCAGGUGUGCAGUACCGUUUGGUGGUCCGCAGUGCAAACACCCUUCAAAUUCUGCAGCUCUUCACCUGCGUAGAUCAAAUCCAGCACAUUGAGUGGUCUUCAGAUUCUCAGUUUAUAUUAUGCGCAAUGUACAAACGUGGGGUUGUGCAGGUCUGGUCCUUGGAGCAGCCAGACUGGCACUGCAAGAUCGAUGAAGGCUCUGCAGGACUGGUGGCUUCUUGCUGGAGUCCGGACGGCCGUCACAUUCUCAACACCACCGAGUUCCACCUGCGGAUAACUGUCUGGUCCUUGUGUACCAAAUCUGUGUCUUAUAUCAAAUAUCCUAAGGCCUGUCAGCAGGGAAUAGCAUUCACGAAAGAUGGCCGCUACAUGGCCUUGGCAGAGAGGAGAGACUGCAAGGAUUACGUCAGUCUCUUUGUGUGCAGCGACUGGCAGCUUCUAAGGCAUUUUGACACCGAGACACAGGACAUAGCUGGGAUUGAAUGGGCCCCUAAUGGUUGCGUGUUGGCAGUAUGGGACACCUGCCUUGAGUAUAAAAUUUUGCUGUAUUCCCUUGAUGGCCGUCUGCUGUCCACGUACCGUGCCUAUGAAUGGUCACUGGGUAUUAAAUCUGUUGCCUGGAGCCCCAGCAGCCAGUUCUUGGCAAUUGGCAGUUAUGACGAAAAGGUGCGCAUUCUGAACCAUGUGACUUGGAAGAAAAUCACAGAGUUUGAGCACCCUGUAACCGUUACUAGCCCAAAGAUAGUUGUCUAUAAAGAAAUGGAGAAAUCGCCAGCAGUAGAAACGGACAAACUUCCCUUCCCUCCUUCCAGGACAAUGGCAAGCUCUCUUUUCAGUACAAAGAGUAAAUAUGAAAUUGUCCAACUCCCUGCUUCUUUGCAUCACGUCAAACCUGCAGUUGAUCGAGCAAAUCCUAGAAUUGGAGUUGGAAUGUUGGCUUUCAGCUCAGAUAACUGUUUCCUGGCAACCAGAAAUGAUAAUAUUCCUAAUGCUGUCUGGAUCUGGGACAUGCAAAAGAUGAAACUGUUUGUGGUCUUGGAGCAGCUGUGUGCCAUUCAGCUGUUCCAGUGGGAUCCCUGUCGGUCCAGACUUGCCAUGUGCACGGCAAACAGCAGAGUAUACCUGUGGUCUCCAGCAGGAUGUGUGUCCGUACAGGUGCCAGUGGAAGGUGACUUCCAGGUGGUCUCUCUCUGCUGGCACUCCACGGGGGAUUCCGUGGCGCUCACGAGUAAGGAAAACUUCUGCAUCUGCUACUUAGAAAGAGAAGCAGAAGAGGUGAAAUAGCUGCACUGAAGGAAAGCUGAGUGAAAAUGGGAACUUGGCUGAUACAUUCUGCAACGAUUUGGUGGGAGAAAACCCUGAUGGACUUUGCAAUGAACUGCUUAGCGUGGGAAAAUGGUGUAAUUUAAGCCUGUAUAUAGAUGUGGCAACACUAAUCUGUUGCUACGUGACGUGUGUUGUUUAAAUUAAUGUGGCCAGGCAGACUUAAAAAUAGCCACAAAUCAGUAUUCAGCUUUUAGGUUGCUGGUUUUUAAUAGUGUCUUAUUUUUACAGCGUGUAAAUUAUUUAGUUGUCUUGAAACUUCAAUAAACAAUUUGAUUA